AUUUGCUGGUGAGGAAAAUGGUGCACAGAAAGCGUGGGAUAAAGCAGUCGCAGAAGGCGCAGAUGGAAAAGUAAUUUUCCAGGAGAAAGAGUUGACAGGAAAGGUUCUUGAAGGAGAGGAUGAAGAAAAAUACUGGAGCGCGUUCAAUGCUAGCAAGCAGAACAAGAUGGAUAGAGCAAGCGGGCGACGAGGAGGUCGAGGAGGACGUGGACGGUG